GCCUGCUAUAAGCCUACCGCGAAGGCCUCCAGGACGUCAUCCGUGAGAAGCCUUUCGAGGCGAUGUGUCCUUCUGGCUGGCUCGACGGGCUCGGAGGCGUGGGGUGAGCACGAUCGGAGUCGUUCGACGGAUGCCAUCUUCCCGGGCUGUCGCGAAUCUGAUCGCGCAGGGCCAUCACGGCUCCACAACGUCACCAGAAGAUUUCAUUUCCAGGGACGGGGCAGCCUCGAGGUCGCCCUCUCUCCCGGUCACCUGCGUCGUCCCUCUGCACGGACCUUGCCCACGUACGUUGUGCGGGCGAGCUAGCCUGCGACGCGGGGACGCCGUCUCGUCGCCCACCGCGAUCUCUGUCGUGGAUAGCGCGGUUGACGCAGGGGCGUCCGCGCUCUCACCGCCGCCGGGAACUGCGUCAUCGCUCAAUAGGAAGGGGAGAAGCGCGAUGCGUACGCCCGCGCACACGCACACGCACACUCAUAUUCGUGUACAUUCCGCACGGCCCCGGCUUCUCGAGGACGUCACGGCUUCUCGCGCACGACGGGCAAUCGCCCUUCCUGCCAGUGCAUCCCGGAUCCAUAUGCAGGCCUCAACACUACCGGUGAGCACAGACAGCCUUCUGAGCGCCAGGAAUAGCCCGCAGCCCACCCGGUCCGUCCAGCUGACGCGUAUGGUCCUCUGCCUUCCGCGCCCGCCAUCGUACUAUGGCACUCCCGUCGGCAGAAACAGCACCGUCGAAUGCACUCGAACGUUCGCUUGCGUGCCUAUCUGCAAUCUCCAGGCAAUCCUCCACCUCGACAAAGUCGCGGCGCCGUCGAGGUCAAGGCACUGCUCGCCACAGCGAGGCGAGACGCGGUACAGUAACACAAUGCACCGGCGGUACACCCAGGGCGUAGGUACAAUCAUAGUCCGGCCCAGUUCUAGCGUCCCGUAAGUGAUCUAUCAGCACGUAUGCAAGUUAGCCGAAUCAGACCGCCCGCCACACAACAAGGCAAACGAUCGCGCAAUCUCCCCCCUCCCCUCCUACCCGCUAGUAGUAGUAAGU